UGUUGUUGGAUAUCACAUCAUUCCCUUUUAUCAGUUCAUUAAAAAAAGUUGCUUACUUUUUGUUCCAUCUAAUCAUCGUUUUCAAUACUCCAUUAAAUUCUCUCUCCUCUUGCUUCUAUUAAUUCCAUCACUCCACCAUUAAAUUAGAUAAAAGCCACCUCAACACCAACAAUUCUGCAACUAUACAGGGUCCCACCAAUUUAACUCCUCUCUUUCUUUGUUUCCCAAUCUUUAUUCAUGGUUCUUGGCUUCUUGCCACUCUCUCUCGCUCUCGAUGAAGCCCAGCAAAGAUGGUUGGCAUGUUCAAGAAAAGGGUUGUACUUAGUCUAGAAGAAUGAUCAUAUUGGGAAAGAAAAUGCACACAGAAGCAAACGAGGUUAUACCAUUAAAGAAUGCUUUGCCCUGUUCAAAAUUUAGUCAAGAUGCAACCAAGGCCGUUGUGCUCUAAAGCAACAGACACUCCUCCCAUUUUGUCAUCACAGACUAGCCAUUCUUAAGGCCACUGAUUGUCGUGAUAACCAGCCUGUACCAAUAUAUUUUUCCUUUUUCUUUUGUUACUCUCUCUCUCUCUCUCUUUCUCUCUCUCUCUCUCGCAGCCUGUACCAAUUUGUUAGUGUUUUUGCUAUAUUAAUGUUCUGACUGCUGUAUAAACAGGUCAAAUGGAUCCAAUAUCUGUAAGAUGCCUUAUUAACAGCAUUUCGCGGUUCGUUCAUCUAGUCUCUUGCUGCACAUUGAAGUCUAUGCCUACUCAGAAGGAUUACAGAAACAUAGCCUGUUUGUUGAAGCUUUUGAAACCAGUACUUGAUAAUGUUGUACAAAGGAAAUUCCCUUCAGACGAUAUAUUAUGUAAAGAGUGUGAAGAGCUGGAUAUAGUUGUUAAUGAGGCUAGAGAGUUCAUGGAGAGCUGGUCUCCAAAGAUGAGCAAGAUUUGCAGUGUUCUGCAAAGUAAGCCCCUGAUGCUAAAAAUCCAAAGCUCCUUGCUUAAGAUUUGCAAUAUUGUAUGUACAUUAUUGAAGUCAUCAUCAUCAAACUCAAGUUUAGCUGAUAUUCAGGUAUGCAUGUGUUUGGAGUCUAUUUCAUGCUUCUAUUGAUUUUUAUUGCUGCUACUUAUUUCUGUUCCAAAGGAUUCUUUAUGAUGAGCUCCUUUAUUUGAUGUGUAUCUUUUCUCCUUUUUGCUUUCGGUUCUCCUGUGUUGUAUUCAUCUAUUAUUUGAAGUCUGGUAUGCAGCUUCUCUUAUGCAGCCAGUACUAUUUUAGUUGCCUGGUGCAGUAUGCCAAGAAACAAGAGCACUACUGAUUUAUGGUAAUCUGUUUCAGCACUGUAUUCACGAAUUUCACAGUUUGAAGCUGGAUAUUAUAUCAGAACGCUUGGGAGAGGUUCUGAAAAGUCAAAGAGAAGGGCUGAUUCCUGAGUCUGAAGAUCUACUAACGAUCAUCAAGUUGCUUAAUUUGACAUCAAACCAGGAACUGCUGAAAGAGAGUAUUGCCUUGGAAAAGGAGUAUAUGAAGGUCAAAGACAACAAAACUGUAGGAGAAUUAGUACAAAACAACCACAUUGUUGACCUUAUGUCCCAUAUGCGCGAUUUCAUGAUUAAGCUUGAGGGUUUUAAGUCUAUAAAUGGCAUUCCCAUCCCUUCAUACUUUCGCUGCCCUUUGUCGUUAGGACUCAUGCUGGAUCCAGUGAUUGUGGCUUCUGGCCAAACCUAUGAGAGGGCUUCCAUCCAAAAAUGGCUGGAUCAUGGAUUGACCAUCUGCCCAAGAACACGUCAGACGCUCUCACACACAAAUCUUAUUCCAAACUACACGGUGAAAGCUCUUAUAGAAAAUUGGUGUGAGGAAAACAAAAUAAAACUGUUCAACACCUCGGGGUGCACCAAAAUUGUCUCAGUUGCUUUGCAAUCUGAAAGUGUAUCUCCACAAGAUCUCCUUCAUCUCGAAAAUGUCGGUUGUUCUUUACAAAGCAGCAAUUCUACAUCAAGUUCCUCCCUUGACAGUGCACAUGGGUCUGAAUUGCAGAAGGUUGAUCGAUCUUCUAGAUUUAGAGAGGAAGAAUUUAGUGUUUGCCAGAUGAGGGAGACUGAAAACUUGGAGCAAUCGACCCCUGAACACUCAUAUAUUCAUAGCAGGAGUGAAUCAGCAUCCAGUGCUGUUUCCAACGUUGAUUAUUUUCCCCUUGCAUCAACUGAUGUCCCUGGGAUAUCCAGUAAGCAUGAUAAUGUGAGUGAGUUAUCAGGAAAGAUAACUUUUGGGUGUGCACCAUCUUCUUCUUUGAAUGGAGAUUCAGGAUGUUCCCCUCCCUUGUCUGGAAAACAAUAUCACAGCUCCAAAACAAUGGCCGAAAUGGCUGUCAAUGGAAACCAUAGCCACCUUAGAGCACUUUCUCUUCCAUCUGAAAUGGGGUCUAGUGAUUUAACUACGAGUUCCCAUGUUGAUAAACUAGUUGAAGAUUUGAAGAGCCAAUCAAAUGCAUUGCAAGCUGCAGGUGCAGCAGAAUUACGUUUUCUUGCAAAGCACAACAUGGAGAAUCGUGUCAUCAUAGGCCAGGCUGGGGCCAUUGCACCAUUGAUUUCACUGUUACACUCAGAUAUGAAAUUAACACAAGAGCAUGCUGUCACUGCACUUCUGAACCUCUCGAUAAAUGAAAAGGUUAAGAACAAGAUUGCAGAAGCAGGAGCACUAGAACCACUUAUACAUGUUCUAAGAACAGGAAAUACAGGUGCCAAAGAGAACGCAGCAGCAUCUCUGUUCAGCCUUUCUGUUUUGCAAGAAUACAAGGUAAAGAUUGGCCGUUCCUGUGCAGUUAAACUACUGGUUGAUCUUCUAGGGUCAGGCACUCUCAGAGGUAAGAAAGAUGCAGCUACUGUCUUGUUCAACCUAUCAAUCUUUCACGAAAAUAAGGCUCGUAUAGUUCAGGCAGGAGCUGUGAAGUAUCUGGUUGAGAUGAUGGACUCUGGAUCAGAAAUGGUUGACAAGGCAGCUGCUCUUCUUGCAAACCUGUCUACUAUUCCAGAGGGGUGCUUGGUGAUUGCUCGAGAAGGGGGAAUACCAUUUCUUGUUGAGAUUGUUGAGAUGGGAUCUCAGAGAGGAAAGGAAAAUGCUGCCUCUAUACUUUUGCAACUGUGCAUUAAUAGUCCAAAGUAUUGUCGCCUUGUUUUGCAAGAAGGAGCUGUCCCACCUCUUGUCGCAUUAUCUCAGUUUGGCACGCCAAGAGCCAAGGAGAAGGCACAACAGCUACUCAGUCACUUCCGUAAUCAGCGCAAAGAUGGUACUGGGAGGGGAAAAUCAUAAAAAGAGAAAUUUUGUAAAUUCUUACCCGCGGUUUUGAUAUUUUAUUUUAUGUAAGUUGCUCACCUUAGAUUAUAUCUGUAGUAGCCUUUUACCCAAAUUCUUUAUUUUCCAGCUAUUAUUACCAUCUGUGCUGUAGCCAUGAAUUUUCAUGACAUUGAAAUGGAACUAGAUUGUCUGCUUUAUAUAUUCAAGUAGGUUUUCUCUUUGCU